GGCCUCGGGCGUCCCACGAGGUAAAGAUGCUGCGGGCGGAACCUGCGGGAGCGAGCGGGAUUCGGGGGCGCUGAAGUCGCCAGGGCAGGGCGGGAAGGAAGAUCCGGAGCGGGACGCGGGAUCCGGAGCUGGAGGCCCCCAGGACUUAACCCUCUGUGAAAAGGCAAGCUGGUCUGGAUAAGUGAGGCCGGCCCCAUGUAUCCGGAAUCAACCACAGGGUCCCCGGCUCGACUCUCCCUGCGGCAGACAGGCUCCCCUGGGAUGAUCUACAGUACUCGGUAUGGGAGCCCCAAAAGACAGCUCCAGUUUUACAGGAACCUGGGCAAAUCUGGCCUUCGGGUCUCCUGCCUGGGACUUGGAACAUGGGUGACCUUCGGGGGACAGAUCACGGAUGAGAUGGCAGAGCACCUCAUGACCCUGGCCUAUGACAAUGGCAUCAACCUGUUCGAUACAGCAGAGGUCUACGCUGCUGGCAAGGCUGAAGUGGUAUUAGGAAACAUCAUUAAGAAGAAGGGAUGGAGACGGUCCAGCCUCGUCAUCACCACCAAGAUCUUCUGGGGUGGAAAAGCGGAGACCGAGAGAGGCCUUUCCCGGAAGCACAUAAUCGAAGGGCUGAAGGCUUCCCUGGAGCGGCUGCAGCUGGGCUACGUGGAUGUGGUUUUCGCCAACCGCCCAGACCCCAACACGCCCAUGGAAGGGGACCCAUUUAGUUCCUUCAAGUCAAGGACAUUCAUCAUUGAAGAGACCGUGCGGGCCAUGACCCACGUCAUCAACCAAGGGAUGGCCAUGUACUGGGGCACGUCACGCUGGAGUUCCAUGGAGAUCAUGGAGGCCUACUCGGUGGCUCGGCAGUUCAACCUGAUCCCUCCCAUCUGCGAGCAGGCCGAGUACCACAUGUUCCAGAGAGAGAAGGUAGAGGUCCAGCUGCCAGAGCUCUUCCACAAGAUAGGAGUGGGUGCCAUGACCUGGUCCCCUCUGGCCUGUGGCAUCGUCUCAGGAAAGUAUGACAGUGGCAUCCCGCCCUACUCCAGAGCCUCCCUGAAGGGCUACCAGUGGUUGAAGGACAAGAUCCUGAGUGAGGAGGGUCGGCGCCAGCAGGCCAAGCUGAAGGAACUGCAGGCCAUCGCCGAGCGCCUAGGCUGCACCCUCCCCCAGCUGGCCAUAGCCUGGUGCCUGAGGAACGAGGGCGUCAGCUCUGUACUUCUGGGCGCUUCCAAUGCAGAGCAGCUUAUGGAGAACAUUGGCGCAAUACAGGUCCUUCCAAAAUUGUCGUCUUCCAUCGUCCACGAGAUCGACAGCAUUCUGGGCAAUAAACCCUACAGCAAAAAGGACUAUAGAUCCUAAAGUCACUCCCUCCACCACCUGCUCGGACAGUCUCCGGUUCCCUCCUCCUCUCUGUUCGCUCGCUUCUGCUGUUUUCAAAGCCAAAUGCAGAGUGUGGUUUGUAUCCAAGGGGAAAACACUAUGCCCAGACGUUACCAGGAAGUGACCUCCAAAGUCACCCCCGCGGGAUGCCGCCUGCCACUUCUUCACUGGAUGCUGUCUGAUGGGUACCAGGAGACGGCAUCCGUUAGGAAAGACACUCAGGCUCCCACCCAAGCCGCCACCUCUGCUUAUCCUUCAAAAAGGAACAUUUGCCCCCAGCCGUGGCCCUUCAUGGAGAUCCCAGAAGUCAUGGCCGAGUGGAAAUCUAAUCCUCAAAGCAGGCAGGGCUGGCCUCUCUCCGCCAAGAACCCCUGCCUCCAAAGAGGGGUCCGCCACUUCCUAGCACCCCCUUCUUCUGCCAGAUCCUGGUGGUUAGGGCCGGGCCCCCCUCUCCCCAUGGACACCAGGCACUUUGUUCAAGGCCGGCCCGGGGGUCCCGCUCUUCCUAGACCCUGACCUUCCCCGUCGUGCCCAGCGGGCCCUGGCUGGGAUUAUGCUGACCUAGCUGACCCUUGGCCUCCACCCUUACCCUUGCUGGCAGGGGCAGGGGUCCCAGCUGGCUUUCCCAGCAUCUUCUACCCUGCAUACAACUUCUGAGCCCCACAGCAGGGAAACCCAGGAGGCUUGGGUGGAGCCCAUCGGAGAAUGCCCCUCUGUAGACAAGUGUGGCACCCGGCCACACCACAGGCAGGUAGCAGCAGACUGGGCCCGUUGCUCACAAACCCAUGCUCCUCCCAGACCUCCCUUGAAUACCUCUGUGGUACUGGAGCAGUGGGCUUGUGACUCGGGCUCUGCCUGGAAAAAGGCAGAAGCUUUUCAGUGAGCAGACGCCCUGGGGUUUCUGAUGCUGUAAGAUAAGGGCCUGGGAGAACAGAACUCCAGUUAACAGUCCCCAGGCUGCAAGAAGAGAUCCCCAGGGACCCCUCCCUGAAAAGAUGACCAGGACUACUCAUUCCCUGCUGCAUACCAUCAUGCUGUCCCAGGACAGGCUGCGGAGAGGGAGGAAGGGCAGGAUACACGCAGCCUCUUAGCAGUGGGAGGGAGGCAGAUGGUGGUACCAGGAAGCCUACAGGUUUGAGCACGGCAUGCUGCCUGGAGGGCCAAUCCCACGGUCCUGCGAUGCUUUGGGGACAGGCUCCUACCCAUGUGCACCAGUCAUCUCCCUAGACCGAAGCCUCCUGCCCUAGAUAGGCAGCGGCCAGUCCCCAGGCACACACACCCUGGGCCACAGCUUCUGAAGUGUAGCUGCUGUUCCAAGUCUCCUCCCUGCUACUCUUCACCACCCGAGCUGGGCAAAGACUAAGGCAGGGCGGGCAGGAUGGAGAGACGAGAUGGGAAGAAAGGCUGGCACGGUGGGCAACUUCCUGUCUCUCACACGGCCCCCCCCACCCUGCAGACCCUGGGCUCUCAGACCUUCACCACUGCUCACAGCCCCAAGCCCUGAGACCUUAGAAGCAGCCCUUGUGGGUGUGGAGACGGAGGCCUCUAGGCUCCGGUGGCACCUCCACCUGGCCUGCUCUCAGAGCAGGGCCCUGCAGGGCCCCGGCAGGAAGUAGCCAGCCCUUGUCCACACAGCUGGCAUAGGCCCUGCUUGCUAUGCGGAGCAGGCACGCAGGGGUGCCCGCGGUAGGAGUUGCUGCUACUUACUGCCCACGGGACAGACCUCAGAGCAAAGCCCCAGCUGGGUGUAUGCCAGAGACAGGCAGGCAGACUGCAGGGUGAACCGGACUAAGGCCCAGCCACACGAGCCCUAGACGCAGGCAAGUGUUUCUGAGAUGUUUGCUUCCUUCCUUACCCACUCUUGAGGAGUUGGGGCUUUGCUUAAGGAUGGGUCCCCUGCCUCCAUGGAGGGGCUUGGGAUACCACAGAAGACACCACAGGGCAGCCUGUAAAGGGAGGGGGCCCUUGCCCCUGGCCCGUGAAGGUCUAAGGUUAGCUCUUUCCUCCAUGGCCACAGAUCUCCCCUUUCUCCAGCCCCAGUUGUCUGCUGGUCAGCCCGAGCCAGCCUCCAACACCUUCUUCACCUUGAAACACAGCCAGCCAGGCCUGGUGCAGGAGGGAGCUGUUUGGGGGGCCUGGCGCACGGAGCCCCGGCUAUUGCUCAUCGCAGACCCAAGGUCCUGAGGCACAGCAAGGCACCCUUGUCAGUCAUGUACAUAAUGUGCUUUCUCUCCCCAUUUUUUUUAACGAGCGCGGCUCCUUGCUAAUUGCAUCCCACCAGGCCGACCGCAAGCGCCUCCAGCUUCCUGACAGACUCAGAGGGAGGCGCAGCCCGUAUUUAUGGAAUGACAAAUAAAACCCGAGCCCUUCAGUCUCCA